AAAUAAAAUAAAUCCUCGCCUCUUCCCUCUCCCCACAAUCAAAACACACCGAUAUAUACCCAUCCUCUCCCUUCCUCCCCCUCCCACUCCCACCUCACCAUUUCAUCCAUCGCGAUCCGCCGGAGAAGACGCGCCCCGGCCCCCCCGUUCGCCUCCAAGGGCGGCGUUUUCACGGACAACUUGGGUUCAACGGAUGAGCAUGUGUGAGAAAGAUCAAAAUUUGCCCUGGGGAUACGACCUUUUCCGCGACCCUUUUGCUCCUCCCACCGGGUACUAUGGGCCUCCACCCGGUUACUGUGAUGGUAACUGCUGUGACCUCCAUUAUGGUAGAGGUGCCUCACAUCCAGAUGAGACACAGUUGCAUUCUUCUGCACUCACAUAUGAUUUAUACAACCCAUCAGUAGGCAUCUAUCAUCCUGGAGGUACUGAUGAGCCUGACCACGAGACAGUAUAUAUAGAACCACCAAGUUCCGCUUCAGGCCCUGGCAGCGAAGAUUAUUUCGCGAUGGAGGAGGACGUAGGGAAGAGGUUUUACACCAUGGUCCCAGUUCGUCAUGUUCCUAGAAUUAAUGGGGAAAUUCCAUCAGUCGAUGAAGCCACCAUGGACCAUGAAAGGCUGUUAGAAAGGUUGAAGUUGUAUGAACUAGUUGAACACAAGGUCAGAGGAGAUGGCAACUGUCAGUUCCGGGCACUAUCAGAUCAGCUGUACCAAAGUCCUGAUCACCAUGAGUUUGUGAGGGAACAGAUAAUUAACCAGCUAAAAACUAACCGUGAUGCCUAUGAUGGAUACGUUCCCAUGGCUUAUGAUGAAUACUUGGAGAAAAUUUCACGAAAUGGUGAAUGGGGUGACCAUGUGACUUUACAGGCUGCUGCUGACAAGUACGGAGUAAAAAUUUUCGUCAUGACAUCGUUCAAGGAUACAUGCUACAUCGAGAUCCAGCCUAAAGUUCAGAAGUCCAACAAAGUGGUACUGUUGAGCUUCUGGGCGGAGGUGCACUACAACUCCAUAUGUCCGCAGAACGGUGAGUAGGCCUGCCAUUGGCACACCGGUCUUCAUCGCCAACAUGUACCGAGGUCGCAGACGACUAAGAGGAGGAGAUGGUGGCCGUUCUCGCAGCAGCACCACCACCAUUGAUGACGGACUCUUCAUGGAUGGAGCUCGGCGCAUCAUCCUCUUUCUGGGAUGUCGGCAUGGUGGACAUUUUCUUCGUUCAUAUGGUGGUCCUGAGGUGCUCUCCUGGGAAGGGUCAUCAUCAUGGUUGUCGUGGCCUGAUAUCCAUAUGAUGAUAGGAUGGCAUUAUGAUAUGGUUAACACCCAGAUAUAGAUACAUGGGAUGGGAUGAAAUAAACAUAAAAUUGUCCCGUAUAUAGUUGGAGGCCGUGUGUACCUUGUAUUAUUGUUUGUAUCUACAAAUUUUGCCGGAAUGAGGCUAGAAUUAUUGGGAAACGAUGAUGAUAACAAGCAUAAAUAACAAAUUGGGUUAGAAUUGAGAUGCCCCGUUUCUUUA